AUUUUUUUUUUCGUUUUUCUGUUGUAGAAUAUUUUGAAUUUGACUCCAUUGUUUUUGUAAGCUGGCUUCUUCUCUUCGUCGUCGCUUUUAUUCUUCGUUGGUACCCUCACUGUUUCUCCAUGGGCGCAUCAGAAUCAUCUCUCACGAGCUCCAGACUUUCGGAGGAUGGAAUUACCACUGUUUCAGAGCGCGCGGAGGGCGUAGACCCCAUUUUAGAGAGGCUUAAAUCCCUCAAAAUCACGACUCCGAUACUGGCAUCAGCCCCAGCGGAAAGUACCUUAACCGAUAUCCUUGUGCGGAAGCCAUUUUCUCCUUCUACUUCUGGUACUUUGGAUCCUAAUGUGCUUCUGGAGCUUUUCACAAUCUAUCGUGAUUGGCAGGAGGAGAAGGCACAAAAGAUAACUAAAAGACAGGAAGAGAUUGAAAAUAAAAUAGAAGUUGCAGAUGCUCUGGCUGUGAAGCUUCUCCAACGUUUCAAUUACUCAGUCUCAGCAAUGAAGACCACAUCUAAUCAUCUAUCAGAAGUCCAUUCAUUGCAAGUUGAACUUGGAGACUUAAAAGGAAGAUUAACCGAAGUCAUUAGCAAUUGCGAUGCAUUAUGCAAGAGAAUAGCUAGCGAGGGUCCAGAAUCACUGCAAUCUUCGGUAAGGCCAUUAGCAGCAGUCACCACCGACCAAAAGACCAUCUCCAUGUUAGCAGCAUCUUUGUCGGAGAAUCAGUCUCCACAGCAGGAGAAACAAUAUUCAUGGAGCUCGAUUAUUGGUUAUUCAAGAAUGAAACAACAUACCGACGGCGAAGUGUGAAGUAGUAGUACUCCUUUAUGUUGUCUGACACUAUAUCUCAUGUCUGAAUCUAUAAAAGUGAAGUACCGACUUAACCAUUUGCCAUGUUUCAUAUGCAUAUGGUAUUAUGGUAAAAUGUACAUGGACAAAUAGGAUCGUGUUAUGGUGCUAGCUAA